GAGCCGGAAGUGGCUCCGGGGUUCUUCCUAAUACUGGUCUAAAAUUUACUCUUUCCGGUCAGAGGCGGGACAGAAGGAGAGCGCGGCCACCUCCUAGGAUGAGUAUUUUCUGUUGCGGAGUGGCAUGGGCCACUCCGACCGGAAAUGCCUGGAGGGAGCGAGGCAAAGCCCCAGAACAGGAGAACGGGCUGGCGGUGUGAGGGUUGGGAAGGAGUGAGAGAGCGCAGCUGACUGCCCCGGAGACUCCUGCCCGGAGAAGCAGAAUGGGUGCAUGUCGUUGGUGCACCUCUGAUGAUUCAGUCGUCAACCUGCUAAAAAGUUAUGCUUCCUCUACAUUGCCUGCAAAUGAAUUUGCUUCAGCCAAUAAUGACCUCUGUUACUGCAUAGAGUGUGUGGAUGAGUACCAUAAAGCAAAGGAUGAGUUGCCAUCCUUCCAUGAGAUCCUGUGCAAGCUUGAAAUCACUCGCCUUAUUACCCACUUUGAGAAAUCAAUGCAGGAGGAAGAUGACAGUGACCUCUUCAUUGUAGACAAAGAUGGGGAAACGCAACUGUGCCAUUAUACGGAUUCCAACUUUGAGGAGAACCUCAGAGUGCCAUUGUUGGAAAUGCUGAAGUACCCCUACCUGUUACUUCAUGAACGUCUCAGUGAGCUGUGUGUGGAGGCUCUUUGUAAAAUGGAGGAAAUCAACUGCUCCUACCAGGUGGCUGGGAAACACCCUGGGAUCUAUCUGCUCAUGGUACAUCCUAAUGAAGUGAUUCGCCAGUGGGCCAUCCUGAAAGCCAGGAGCCUGGGGAAGGUGGACAGGGACGACUAUUACAACAUCCAGGAAGUGUUGACGUGCUUGUUCAGAGUCAUAGAGCUGGACCACUUUGAAAACUCUGAUACUUAUAACCUUGCAAUAGUCGAGAAGGGGAAUCUUAUCUUGUUGCCUCGCCAUCUGUAUGAUACCACCAGUUACAAAAACUACUGGCUAGGUAUCUGUAUGUUGUUGAUGGUGCUGGAAGAACAAGCCAUGGAUUUGUUGUUGUUUGGCCCAGACAAGCAGAUUGACUUCAUGCCGUGCAUAAUGAAGGCCAUGAAGAAACCAACGGAGGAUGAAAGCAUCAAUCCUUUCUGGCCUGCGCUCCACUGUUUCAUGGUGAUCCUGGAUAAGCUUGGGUCUAAAGUAUGGGGACAGGUCAUUGAUCCAAUCCAGGCAUUUCAAACUAUUGUCAACAAUGCAAGCUAUCAGAAAGCAAGAGAGACUGUUCGCCAAAGUUGCAUCAGGACUAAAUCUGAGCCCAUGUCGGACUAUGGAGAUGAAUUUGUCACUUGCAGCCAACUGGCGUAUGACUACCACAUUGAAAAGCCCCACAAGGAUACCAUUUGUCCUGAUUACUGCCUCUACUUGUACAAAGAUAUGCAGACUCUGACCGACCUGUUACAUUCUGACAUCGGCCAAGACAUGCAGUUGCACAACAGCACUUUUUUAUGGUUCAUCCCUUUUAUCCAAUCCCUUAUGGACCUGAAGGACCUGGGGAUUGCCUACAGCAUAGUGGUCAUUCAUCACCUGUGUUUGGAAAUCCAAAAUGUCCUCAGUGGCACUGUUGAGACUUGUGACAAAGUGUCUGAGUUCUUCAUCUGGAUCUUGGUGACUGUUGUUGAGUGCAGCCUUAAGAAAAAUUGCCUUCAUUUUCUGUGGAUCAGCUCAGAAAUGUGGGUGUGGAUAGUGGUGAAAUGUGUCAUGCUUCCAAGUACGGUGUUCAUGCCUGGCAUUGAGAGAAGAGUAGUCAGGAAUAGCUUAAGAAGCACAGUGACAUCACCAUCUUGGGAACCUGAGCCCAUACAGUUUGCCUGCAUGAAACUGAUCCGUAACAUCCUGAAGGAAGGGUAUCAGGUUGUGCAGUCACCCACUUGUAAGCAGUUCCUUGAUGAACUCAACUUGCUUCGCCGUAGCCACAAGCACUGGGAGCUGAGUUCCCCGCAGGCUCUAGAAUUACAGAACACUCUGAAGGAGAUCAUAUGGAGCAUCAUGAGCAAAUCGUUAAAUCCUUCCUCCCUUGUGAAGAGCCCUCCUGUUUGUGUAACUUCACCUACUUUCCUGAUGAACCACAAAAGGCAGGAAGACAGGUGUCCAAUGAAUAUGGACAAUGAGCACCUACCCUGCUUGUCUGUGUUAGCAAACAGACACAUGGAUGCCCAGAAAAAUGUGGUGUCUCAUCAAUGGCCAGGGGUCCAAAACAAGCAAGAUCCCUUCUACAAAAGCGUUGGCCUCGGUUUUCAAGACCUGGAGACCAAAGACUUCAGCACAAAGGAGAAGCCCAGUUCUUCCAGAUCUCUUACAGAAAAGAAUGGUAACAGCAGCAGUGCUUUGGAGAGAAAGGUUGGUCUAAAUGACCUUACAAGCAAAAUCAGAUCUCUGAAACCAGACAGCACCCUGCAAUUAAAACUGUUACCUGAAAGCAGUAGGAGAGGAAAUACCAAUCUGGAGCCAGGAACAGAAAAGCUGCAGUUGGUCAGAGACAGAACAAAGAGCCAGGAAGGGCAGAGGAGUGAAAUCAUUGUAGCCAGAGGCAGCACAUCAGACACAUUGCCUUGCAAAUCAGAGGCAAGCUCAGGCAAGGCCUCUGUUGUGUGUGCUAAAGGAACCAGUUUACCCAUUGACUCUAGCCAGGAAAGCAUCAUCCGUCACCAAAAAUGCAUUAAGAGGAAAGCUAAAGGCGCUGUUCAAACUUUGUCUGCCCGAGAGAGCAACAAGUUGUCUGCUGGUGCAGAUGAUUCCCCAAACCAAGUCAUUAUUUCUGACGCUUCUUCAGAUGAGGAUGAAAACAAAAUGAAAGCUGGUAGAGAGAGCAGGAAAGGGCAAGUGGACGUGUGCCUUGAGAAGAAAUUCAGUGCCCCAGAGCAAGAGCCAUUGACUACUCCAGACCUCAUACAUCAUACAGCAGCUCGUGAAGGCCACAUCGGCAAGGGAAAUGCAGUGGUAUGCUCAAAUUUCACAGGGAUAUGUGCUGGCAAUGGAAGCUGUUCCAGGUGCACAGAUCCAGUUCUGCCCAGUACAUCAGCAUCUGCCAGUCCUUCAGGGUCAGCACCUGCUGUCAAAGAAUCCACUAUUCAGCCAGGGAAGAGCUCUGCAGAAUAUGGGCAGGUUAAAACAGCUAGAGAAAGUCCCAAGGGAAGCAUCAAGCCAAGCAUGCACAGUAAAAAACCACUGCUGGCAAAACUGGCAAGAUCUACUCCUGCUCUGGUCCCACCCAACGAAAUCCAACAUAUGCCAGCCCCAACCUUAGUGACAGAGAAACAUGGCCUAUCAGAGAAAGUCCAAAGAGCAGCUGAACUUGCUCAGUGCACACAGGACAGUCUUGCUGAGUCGCGCAGUUACAGGGAAAUUGUUGGCGAGGUGGAUGUUCCCCAGGAAAGGACAUCACAAUUAGUAAAUGCUCAGCAACUAACUACUAGAAAUAAGAACAAUUUUGCCUGCCAAAAACGUCAGCUCUAUAGGCAGACAAACCCCAAAGAGAGAGAGAAUUGUCAGUGUACUCACGGAGAAACUCAGGAGGCUCAGCCAGCCAAAAAACCCAAGGCGGCAGAGCUAAGACCUGUGCAGUCUGCCAGUAUGGUGGGGGUGGAAAAUCAGAAGGAAAGUUCUGCUGGAGCUAGUAAAACCAGUCAUUUGACCUUUCCAGAUCCCUCCUCUAGCCCAUGUGACGAGGAUGUGGCUUUGAAAAAGAGAGAGCCCCAAUUGAAUGAGAACAAAGAUGGUGACGGCUUCUUUCUUACACAGUUGGAUCCAGUGGACAUGGAACUGUGUUCACAAAUAGAAGAUGGCAGUUACCUCUCAAACAUGGAAGUCAAUAUAUCUGCAAGCCCACUGCAGGGUAGUAAUGAUGACUUGCAGUUCAAGACCCCGAUGCUGAGCAGCAUUCUCCAGCCUCGGAUUUCAAACAACACCCCUCAGUUGCUGAAUGUGCAAAAUAACCAUAUUGUCAUGGCGCUGCCCACCCCCAGAGCUGGUUCUUGGAACAAAGUGCACCAACCCUUUGCACAAGCAAACAUUGUGAAUGCCCAGCAGAGACACCAUGGGAUUUUCACCAGAGAGGUGCUGAAGUGGAACUAUGACAUGUUUGCAAACUUUAAACUGUUUGGGCCACCAAGCCAUCUCCUUCAGUCUAUUGUUGCCCCUGUCACAGCCAAGUUUGAGGAUUACAAUGACUACUUCAAUACUUUCUUCCCCUUAAUGAUGCUAAAUGCAUUUGAAACGAUGGCACAGGAGUGGCUAGAGAACCAGAAAUCAAAAGAGCAAAGGCCUUUUGAGUUGAAUUUGCUGAACUUCAAUGCAGACACAAAUGAAGCAGAUUUUACAAUUAACAUCUCAAGAAGCAAUUUAGAGAAACAGCUGCACCCAAAGGAAUGUGACUUGGUGUUCUUAAUAUUGUCUGAAAAGCAAAGCUUCUAUAGCAAAGAAGGCAAGGCAGAGAGCUGUCCAUUACGCCAUGUGGGCUAUGUGACUCGGUUUUAUACUGAGAUGAAAGAGCAGGAUGCCUGUCUCCUGUCUGUCAAGACACAAGGAAAUUUGUCCGGUGUUGAUAAGAAUGUCAGGUGUGUGGUGGUCAGUUCUUUAGUGACAACGGAGCAAAUGUUCAAGGCCCUCCUUCUUCUGAACCGAAGCCCUCUAGCCAAAGCCAUAAUCAGCCCACAAAACUCUGACUUCUGUCUGACAGGCUCAACUGUGGACUUGGAGACUUCUUCUUCGUACAUGAAGGAGCUUAAUGAAGAUCAAAGGACAGCUAUUGAAACUGCUUACACCUUUGUGAUGAAGCUGCCUUCAUUGCCCAAAGUUUGCUUGAUCCAUGGGCCACCUGGGACUGGGAAAUCUAAGACUAUCCUUGGGCUCCUUUACCGAAUCCUCAGCAAGAGAUCUGGGAAAGAGAAUCCUGUAGAAAGCAAGAUCAAGAGGAACCGUGUGCUGGUCUGUGCUCCGUCCAACGCUGCUCUAGAUCACCUCAUGAAAAUAAUGAUUGUUGAGUUCAAGGAAAAAUGUCAGGACAAGGAAAAGCCUUUGGGAAACUGUGGUGACAUCAACCUGGUGAGGCUGGGGGAAGAAAAAUGGAUCAGCAAGGACGUACAGAAAUUCAGUCUGGAUGCCCAGGCCAAUCGCAGAAUGAGCCGAGCAGCCCUUGGGAAAGAUCAAGACAUCCACAAGCGGAAGAAAGAGAUAGAUCAACGACUGGAUGCUCUUUCUUGCCAGUGUGCUAUAGACGAAAGUCAAAGCAAAGAGAAGAAACAACAGUUAGAGCAGGAAACUCGCAGGCUUGCAGAAGAGAGCAAGAGGCUCACUGUUCAACUGAAGGAGGUUUGUGGGCGAUUGCAAAGUGACAUGAAAACGAACAUCAUCCUGGAGUCUCACAUCAUCUGCUGCACACUGAGCACCAGCGGGAGCAGCCUGCUGGGUGCAGUAUUCCAGCGGCUGGACUGUGAUCCUCUGAGCUGCGUCAUCGUGGACAUGGCCAUGCAGGCUUGUGAGGUUGAAACUAUCAUCCCACUCAUUCAUGGCUGCAAAAAGCUGGUCCUGGUUGGAGACCCAAAGCAGCUCCCUCCUACAGUUAAAUCUAUGAAAGCUGAGGAUUACGGCUACAGGCAGUCUCUGAUGGGCCGACUCUGCAGACACCUGAAUGGGCAAAUCCAAGAAAAACACAGUGACAGGCUUCCAGUCCUGUGCUUGAGGACUCAGUACAGGAUGCACCCAGAGAUCUGCCUCUUCCCUUCCAAUUACAUCUACGACCAUGCCCUGAAAACUGACCGAUGGACAGAAGAGAGACGAUUCUCUUUGGAAUGGCCCUUCCUACCGUACCUCCUCUUUGAUGUUUUGGAUGGCCAGGAAGAACAGGAGAGCAAUUCCUUCAUUAAUCUCCAGGAAGUUAAGCUGGUAAUAGAAUUAAUGAAGUUAAUUAAGAGCAAAAAGAGAGACAUCAGCUUUCGCAACAUUGGGAUCAUCACCCCAUGCAGUGCUCAGAAAAGAAGGAUCCUGAGCCAGCUGGAGAAAGAAUUUGGAGAAAAUAGAGUCGGGGAAGUUGACCUCGUGGAUGGGUUCCAGGGCCGUGAGAAGGACUGUAUCAUUGUGUCCUGUGUUCGAGUGAACAGCAUGCAAGGAUCAGUUGGGUUUCUGAAGAGUCUGCAGCAAUUGAAUAUCACCAUCACCCGAGCCAAGUACAGUCUCUUCAUCCUUGGACACCUGCAAACGCUCAUGGAAAAUGAAGAUUGGAAUGCUUUGAUUCAAGAUGCUCAGAAAAGAGGUGCCAUCAUCAAGACCUCCAGUGCCAAAUACAAUGUUCCUUGCUAUGCAAGUGAUGCUAAGAAGAUCUUGAAGCCCAUGGCAGUCCAGCAGAGCAAACAAGGACAGGUGAGUGCAGCAUCUGAGUUGCAUGGAGCUCCUGGACGACAUACCUCAGCUGGUGGACGACAAUACUCAGCUGGUGCUCCUGCUCCAGGAAACAGUGAGGCAUGGCCCUUGCCAGUAUCUCAGGAUUCCUCUUCCCUAAAGCCAUUCUUUCCUACACAGGCUAAACCUGUCCAAGAGCUGGCCAAAAGAUCCAGCAAUGAAAGUGAAGGCCUCAGAUGAAUUGCUGGAAAUCUAGGCCCCCCUUAAUGCCAAGCGACAGAGGACAAUGCAGUAGCCCCACAGUCCCUCCCGUAUACUCAGAACCUUUUAUUGUGGCUGCUGGUGUACUUUGCUCCACAGCCUUUUCCUGGAUUGCAAGGUCAUCUGCCUGAAAGAUAAUGCAUUUUGAGUGAUUGUUUUCUAUAUCAUGGAGAGUUAGGCAGCCUGCUUCCUGUGCUGUAAACUUCAAGAAAUCACACACUGUAAAUGUUGGGUGUAGUGUAUAUUUGUACGGCAUGUAGAGAAACUUAUCUUUUAGAGGUGAAACAGGCCUGGCUGUGGCCACAGUUAAAUCACAUGCCCCUGGGGUGAGUGUCCUGACAUGUGCCUCGUCACAUGCAGACAGCUCACCAUGAGAGUUUGGCUUGCUGGUGUCUCAGGUUAGCAUGUCCAGCCCUCAUUGGGCCAGCACGCCUGGGUGAGUGCUGAAGUUGUUCCUGCUGCCAUAUUUCUUUCUGGCCCUAAAAUUUAAUUUGGCGAGAGCGACACCACUUAUUUCUUAGUUCACAUUUUUAUUCUUUUGUAUACAUGAUAAAAAUAUUUAUAGAUAAUAAUUUAAAAAGAAGGCGCUGUGUACAUAAUGUUGCAACAGGGAACAUAGCAGGCAUUUCAUAGAAGUGAUUUGUGCAGAUUUCUGCAAGUGUAAAAGAUGAAGAUUUCCUUUUGCAUUGGAUCUGCUGCCACUUAUGG